AUGUCCCCGGCGAUCGCGCUUCAGCGUGCGGCCGCGUGGCUGCUCCGGGGAGCCGCCGGCGCCGGCGCGCCGAGGGCCGCGUCCUCCGCCGCGCUGCCGGGCAUGGGCGGGGCCCUGCUGUCUCCCGCGCGCGGAUUGCAGGGGAGGGAGGCGGCUGGGUUCCUCGGCAUCUGGGGAGGGCCCGCGGCGGGCGGCGGCGGGUCCUGGUGGUUCCGGUGCGCCGCCAGCAGCGUGCCCAGGCCGGGCCUGCUGAUGGAGCAGCUCCUCGUCGGCGGCGGGCGCUUCUUCGCUACCGGUGCCGCUCCGGAAGAGGUGUCUUUCAGCCCGGCCGCCCGCGAGGCGGACGUCUCGCAGCCUGAGAAAUCCGUAGGCACCGCAGAUAAGACUAUGUUAGGAGAUAGGUCCUUGAAGCUUGUUUCAGGGGUAUGUUAUCUACCACAUCCGGAUAAGGAAGAAACUGGUGGUGAGGAUGCACAUUUUAUUUGGGAUGAACAGGCUAUAGGCAUAGCUGAUGGCGUUGGUGGUUGGGCAAGCUACGGUAUUGAUGCAGGUCAAUAUGCUAGAGAUAUUAUGUCUAAUGCAGUAACUGCAAUAGAAGAAGAGCCAAAAGAUUCAAUUGAUCUUACAAGGGUACUGGAAAAGGCCCAUAGUAGCACAACAGUGCCGGGUUCAUCGACCGCAUGUAUCAUUGCUAUAACAAAUCAGGGAAUACAAGCAAUUAAUCUUGGUGACAGUGGCUUUAUAGUCAUCCGAGAUGGCUGCACAUUGUGUAGGUCACCUGUACAACAACAUGAUUUCAAUUUCUCCUACCAACUUCAGAGUGGCAACUCGAGUGACUUGCCUAAUGCUGCACAGGUCUUCAAGGUACCUGUCGCGUCUGGUGAUGUAAUUGUCGCUGGAACAGAUGGGUUGUUUGAUAACCUGUACAACAAUGAUAUAACAGCUGUAGUGGUCCAUGCAACCAGAGCUGGCCUGGAACCUCAAGUGACGGCCCAGAAGAUAGCGGCGCUCGCACGCCAGCGGGCACAGGACAAGAACAGGCCGACGCCGUUUUCGACCGCGGCCCAAGACGCUGGGUACCGGUACUAUGGCGGGAAGCUGGACGACAUCACCGUCGUGGUCUCACAUGUAAAGAAGCUGGAUGAUUUAAUUUUUGCGGGGAUUCCUGCUGCAGUGAAGGGAAGGAGCCAAAAUUCUGGUGCUUCCUCCAGUUGUCUGCAAAAGUGA